GUCUAGAGUCAGAGUCCCAAGCUCGCAAUUGAGAAUUAGAAGCACUCCUUCAAGUUAUGUCGAUAUCUUGGAAGAGCUGCACAUCUGCACAUGUCGCACACGUAGGCUAGGCUUGUGCGAUCCUCGACUCCCGGGCCACACUCCCUAUCACAUUCCCAGACCACAAAAAUGUCGAAGCGGAGUUGGCAAGAGGCUAACCUGCCUUCCCCACGGUCGGCUUCUGGAUUGCAACGAGCACCGUCAACAACAUCACCGCAUUCUUACACGUCUCCAGCGCAAGCGCUGUCGCCGAAGAGAACCGGUCGCCCCUCCUUCGACGAACCUCCUCUGCUUGCAAAGGCUCCCGUAAAGCCACAACCACAACGGAACAAUUCCCCGAAUGGCGCGCAAGCAGAUAGUAAACUGCCUGGGAUAUCGAGGAAGGUCAAAGCAUGUGCAGCUUGUCGAAAACAAAAGAUCAAAUGUAUCAUGCUCGGAGAUCCGCCAUGCCAGCGAUGCAAAGAACGAGGCUUAUCGUGCCGGUUGAACAAGAGUCUCCAGACACUCAUGUCCGAAGACUCGAAAUGGAAAUCAGCGGUGACUAAAGAUGUGACUGCUCUUUACGCGACGGUAGAAGAAAUCGUGCGAACCUUGCAAUUACCGUCCAUGCCACAAAUGCUCGUUUCUACACAAGAUCCUGCAAUCUUCAUCGACCAAGAAGAGCAAGGAAACGAUGAGGACGACGAGGACAAGUCCCUGGACAACUCGCCGAAAGUCGCGCCAGUUGCCGACAACUUGUCCCAUGUUCCAAUCGAGUCGUUAUACCAGAUCACAGGAAUGCGGUCUCUUAGGGCCACCGAGAACGUGACUGAAGAUCAGUCACGUAUUUGCAAGCAGCUCCGAGAUACUGACUUCAUUGCGAGAGGGCUCAUUAAGCUAGAAGACGCCGAACAUCUCGCCAAUUACUACCUCAGCAAACUCGACCCGUACAUAUGGCAUAUAUGUCCAGAUUACAAGGACCUCGACUCAUUUCGUCAACGCUCACCAACGCUAACGGCUUGCGUUCUUACUGUGGCUGCACUUCAUGACACCAAACUCGGCCAUUUGUACUCGAUCUGCAACAAGGAGUACCGCCGACUGGUUGCUAAUGCCAUGUUCGAGAAGAAAAUCGACAUGGAGUAUCUACGAGCUUUGGUUCUCGGAUCAUACUGGUUAAGCGAUAUCUCGUGGACCUUGUCAGGCUAUGCUAUUCGCCGUGCAAGCGAAUUCCAUCUUCGGCAGUAUUACCAUGAGAUUUCCGAAUCGGUUAAGGCCCCAGAGAAGGUUGAUCAAGCAAAACUGCAGGAAGCCAUUGACGGCAUCAGAGUGCUGUAUUUGCUAUACAUCUGCGACCAUCAUUUAUCGAUUCUAUAUGGUCGUUCAUCCAUAAUGCGCGACAACGAGAGCUAUAUCACUGGAUGGGAAGCCUACCUCGCAUGCUCAUUAUCAACCGAUGCCGAUCGCAGAGUUGCUGGUCAAAUAUGCCUGAUGUACUUGAUGAACCAGAUACGAGAAAGUCUAGGUCCGGAAGACACCAAUGCUGUCCUACCAACUUCGGCCCUUGCCAAAAUUGCGGGAUUCGAGAGAGAUCUUGACGAUUGGAUAGCGAGGUUCUCCAGGCAUAAUCCGAGUCAGUAUAUCGGCAAUUGGCCCAACAAGGGUGCUAUCAUGCACUACCAUUGGGCCAAGUUGUAUUUGCAGUCAUAUGUCCUUCGAGGAUUACCAGAGUCAGGCGCCGUGAUCCCAGAACACUUCUUGGAGAACGCUUCGGCUGCAGUUGCUGCUGCGACGGCGAUCAUCAAUCUGCUCUUAGAGGACAAAGAUGCGCAGAUAGCUAUUGGCUAUGUGCCGCAUCACAUUCAUGGAAUGAUCGCAUUUGCAUGCAUGUUUCUUCUCAAAAUCGCCACCAAGUUCAGCGCGCAGCUAUUCUUGGACACAGUCCGGUUUCAACGACUCAUCAAUGCUUUGGCUCAACACUUCAAAUCGACGGAUGUAGGAAAGGAUCACUUGAUUCACAGAAUGGCAGAAGGUCUGGAGAAGAUGGCAGAAACCUUGGGUGGACCAGCCCGCGUCAAAACCCGCAAGGUCAACGGAGAGCAGGCACCAAAGCCCCAGCUGACGUCUUCGGCGACCCAAGCGGUCCUUGAUGAGAAGAACGACCUUGAUGGACAGUCCAUGCUGCCUGACUAUGGAUCAUUGAGUCCUGCUGCAUUUGACUUCAAUGAUCCUGCUCUGGGGCUGGGUAUGCCAUUCUUCGACUUCGAGGGUACCACGGUGGGGAUGAACGAUUCACUGUGGAACUUCAAUACUUGAGGGAGCCAUGUUUAACCCAUUAUACGAGUCUUCUAUACCAUGUAUGAAGCACGAACAGCAUAGUAUGAAUGAUUCAACGUCAAUACUAAUAGUAGUGGUGGUGAUAGUGAGAUUGGACCAAUCACAAGUCGGCGUUUUCUGCUUUGUAGAACUCGCUGCUCUAUACUUCUCUUGGCGAGGCAAUUAGCGCGGUUUUCAAGCUCUCGAAGAAAGUACCUGCGGUU